CGUCAUCAUCACCCAGACCCCUGUCCGCCACCAUACUGUCCGUCUCGCGCCUGUCUCCUCAUUGAUGUCGCUUCCUGAGCAGCGGUGUGAGCGGCCGCGGGCUGCGGGCGUGUGCGUGGCGGCGUGGAGCGCCGCGCGGCGCCCGAUGGAGCCAGGCGCGGAUCGGGCUGGCGCAUGCUUAACGCCGCGCCGCGUGCGGAUGGCGCCAUCGGCCUUAAGCGUCGUGCCCGCUCCACACCAACAGCGGCACUCUAGACUGCGGCCGUGCGCACGUCGCCGCGGGUGCCGCUCGAAGUACAAGAGCACCAGGCAGCCACGCUUCUCUCACUGCCACCACCACCGCCCAAUACACAAGCUCUCGCCAUGGUCCGCGCCUCGAUCAACUACCUCGACCGCGCCGUGCAGGCGCCGUACCAGUACCUCUGCGAGCCGCCGGCGGGCGAGGCGAUCGACAACUUCCGCGACGACGUCGUGCCGCUCGACGUCGAGGACAUCUCGGGCGUGCCGCUACCCGAGCAGCACGCGCGCGGCUGGACGACGGAGCAGGCCGGCUUCCAGAUCGUGCAGGGCUUCGGCGCGCCGCAGACGCAGGCGGCGUGGGCCGAGGGCCGCUGGGACGACGACGAGUGGCUGCGCAAGCAGUACUACGACGAUGUGACGGAGCUGCUGCGCAAGGAGCUCGGCAUCACCUCCACGUUCAUCUUCGACCACACGGUGCGCAAGUCCGGCACCGAGCACCUGCCCGACACGCCGCAGAACCGCAAGCCCGUGCCGCGAGCGCACUGCGACCAGAGCCGGCGCGCGGGCGAGACGCGCAUCCGCAAGCACCUCGGCGACGACGUGCUGGCGCGCGUCCAGCGCGGCGAGCUGCACUGCCAGCUCGUCAACGUGUGGCGCCCGCUGCGUGGCCCGGUGGAGGAGUUCCCCCUCGCGGUGGCCGACUCGCGCAGCGUCGACCGCGGAGAGGACGGCGGCAAGCCGGACUGGAUCGCGAGCGAGCUGCGCUACGAGACGUGGUCCGGCGAGACGCUGCUCAUCCACCACAACCCGAAGCACCAGUGGUACUACUAUAAGGGCAUCGACACGGACAAGAGCAUCUUUCUGAAGACUUACGACAGCAAGACCGAGACGCGCACACCACACACAGCCUUCGUCGACCCAACGUCGCGGCCAGACGCGCAGCCGCGCUGGAGCGUCGAGGUGCGCGUGCUCUGCUUCACGGAGACACAGCCGGCCGCACAGUAGAGGCGGCAAUGCGCAUCACAUUGCAGAGCUUCACUUGAGCGAGCCGCGCUUGCGGACGUGCACGAAGGUCUGGCUGUGUGGAAUGUCAGCGGAGGAACGUGAGUGUCGACGGAGAGCAACGCACUCGAUCUUCUGCGCCAUCUGCGGUCGAGAGUGGGGUCAGCC